AUGUGUAUUUGUUAUUGGAUUUAACUGCUGAAAUUAAUUGUUGAUAAAUACACAAAUUAAUGUCAAUAAAUGUGUAAAUGCUGGUUUAUUCAUUUAAAUCAUAACAAAUAUGUAAUGAAUAUGUUUUCAGGUUAUAAAUGUAUUGUAAACAAAACACUACAGUUUUAAGUAAAAAUAUUAUAAAAUUUUAGCAGUUGGAAUAUUAUUAAGAAUUUAGAAUAAAAGUAGGUUUAUGCAAAAGUUCUAAAAUGCGAACUUACACUCGGCGGCGGCCGGAGAAUCGAGAAAUAGAUGGUGCAGAGGGGCUGUGCCGUCUGUGCUUAGAGAAGGCAGAAGACCCGGUACCUCUGUUUGUAGAAGAUAAGGAUUGCUCUCCACUUGCCCUGCGUAUUAUGAUAUGUGUCGGUUUAGAGAUGACGAAAGAAGAUAAUCUGCCAAACAUGAUAUGUGGACCGUGCCAAAAAGAACUUGAGAGAUGUUACUCAUUCAGGAAAAAAUGUGAAGUAUCUUAUCAGAAAUUGAAGUCACAUUUAUUAGCAGUGAAGGAGAGACAUCAUGCUGAGGCUGAGAAGAUAAAAGAAAAAAAAAUACUAAAUGUAGUCAAAGAUGAGGAGAAACAAAACAUAGUGUUCACAGUAAACAUGGAUGGUAGCAUCCAGUUAUGUGACAGUAAUAAUUCUUUAACCGGAGAGCGUCUAGUCACGUUAAUGAAGAUGGAGCAGUCUGAUCUCAGUCAAUGUGGUGACACCAUAGUUUUAAAUGCUCCACUUGACACCAAUGAAGUUAAUAUUCAAGACAGGAUAAAUGCUGAGAGUACAAUACCACCAAAUAACAACAAUAGUCUACUGCUUCCAUUAAAUAUGCCUCAAGCAACACCAUUACAACCGGAUGCAUCAGCUAGUCAGUCAGUAUCGGGCACAGAUAUGGCAAGAUUUCUGUCCACCAUGCUCGUAGAACUGGGCAUCAUCAGUAAACACGGGGAUAACAUUGUGACAGUGGAAUCUGGCAAUAAAAGUAUACAGAUUGAGGCGGGCGACGGGAGUCUUAUUUCUAUUGAAUUAAUUGAAGAAGACGAACAAGAUACACACGAAUUACCUGUGCAGUUUGAAAGCCAAUCCAAUACCACACUUAACGGAGAGGUGAAUAAUCUCCUUGAUGGGAUCCAUAAAACAAAUGGUGUCACCAAAAAGCUAGCAACCAAGGAUGCGGUCUCGGAGAAGUCCCAGCCGUGGUGCGGCCUGUGCAGCAAGGUGUUCGUGUCCCGCGGCGUGCUGGCGCGGCACGUGCGCGACGUGCACCAGCGCCAGCGGCCGCACGCCUGCCCCAUCUGCCACAAGCGGUUCGCGCAGAAGGAGGUGCUCACGCGGCACCAGCUCGUGCAUGAUGCGAAGCGGCCGCACCAGUGCCCGCAGUGCCCCAAGAGCUUCACGCAGCGCGGCGCGCUGGCGUCGCACGCGCGGCUGCACCGGCCGGCCGAGGCGCGCGCGCUGGCGCUCUACCAGUGCCCGCACUGCCCUAAAGUCUUCCUUUACGCUUCCGGUAACGCUCAGCAAUAUCAAUGCGUGAGCCGGCACAUGGCGCAGCACAUGGGCAAGGUGUUCGAGUGCGGCACCUGCGGCCGCCAGUUCAACGACAAGAGCUCGCUGCACAGGCACUUCAAGCUGACGCGCCACCAGCCGCGACCUGCCGACGCAGAGCCCGCCGCGCCGCCGCCCGGCGCCGGCGAAUAAUCUACAUACAGUUAGGUAGUCUCAUACGACCACCUGUAAGGUCUGCACGGUUACGCUAUCGCUCGCGGCGCGACAUGUACCGCGGGCGCGUGCUACGACUUUUAUCUACAUACAGCAUUCCAGUUAAAACCAGUGUUAAUUGUUGUUGUCAUUCUUACAUGUUAUGGAAGCUUAACCGAACGCUCAACAGUCAAAGGAUUGUAUUACGAUACCGCAGCGCAGCGAAUCUGUCUUAGUUGAGCGUUCGGUGAUCCGAUUAUUCAGUUCCCUGACUGAACCACAAAUGUUUUUAAUACUUUGCUGUACUUACCACGUAUUUUUCUCUUGGUACACACAUGAAACUAGACAAUGGCCCCGACUUCAGCAGAACCCAACUAAUUUU